AUGAGUUACGUAGCAAUUGCACGUAAACGUCAACAGCAAAUUCACAAUAAGAUUUUGGAACUGAAAAGUAAGAAUUUGCAUUUUCAUUUCGUUUUUGAACAUGUUUAAAGUAAUAGGAUUAAAAAUGUAUUUUUUGUGCUUAAAACCACGUAAUUUUCUUGUACUUUGUUAUAUUAUUCAUCUUUUCAAGUCAUGUAGACGAGAUUAAAGAAGUUUCUGAAAACGAAGAGCUGUUCAACGACGAAGUUUUAAGUGGUUUCCAAGUAAAAACCCACAAACAUACAUAUUAUGUAAGUUACUCAUUGCUGAUCAUUUACUUCAUUUUUAGGUAUCAAAAUGCAUGUUGGCUACGAAAUCCGAAGUGUUUAAGACGAUGUUCCGCUGUGGCACGAAGGAAGCAAAAGAGAAUCACCUAGUUUUGGAUGAGGAUUCUAAAGCUGUGGAAAGCAUAUUGAGGUUUAUCUACACCCGCAAGAAGGUGGAUGAUGUUUCUUUGGCCGCUAAGGUUUUUGUACUUGCUCAUCGUUAUGAAAUCAAGCUGUUGCAGGUACGUUUCUUGAUAUGUUUACUAGUUCUGAAAUUAAACUUGUGUUAUGUUUAGAAAACAGGACUUGUGCGGUUUCAACAAUAAAUUUUAAACUUUCAGCUUCAAUGUGAACUUUUUAUUAUGGAAAACAUGACUAUUGAAGAUGUGGAAGACUGUCAACGCGUAUCCAAAAAGCUAGAUUUAAGGUAUCUUGAACUAAAAUGUGCCGAAAUCUUGUUUUUUAACUUUUCGGAGUACGAUACGAAAAUUGACGUAGAUAAAUCAACUUUAUGCACUGUGACAAACGAUAAUGUUGAACCAAUUAUGGUAACGGUUGAUUUUGAAGACAAUGACAAACAGUUGCCUCAAUUGGAGUUGUGUGGUCAAAAAAGUUUACCUUAA